GCAAUGGCAGUAUCUCUCUUGGUGGAGUCCAUAAGGAACGCAGUAAUAGUUUAAAAAAUUGUGCUAGGAGACGACCUAACAUCUUUAAUGCAACUAGAAGUCAGUGAAGAAUGGGUCCUCCGAACGAAAAAGCCUCCAAGUUUGCGCCAACAUCAAGGAUAAAGAAGCUCCUCCAAAAACGCCUCCACAUUUUGCAAUGGCUACCGAACUACACUAAAAAUGACAUUCUAGCAGAUUUCAUAGCCGGCCUCACAGUAGGCCUGACCAUGAUGCCUCAAUCCAUCGCCUACGCCGGUCUGGCCGGAAUAUCUCCGGAAUAUGGGCUGUACACCGCUUUCAUUGGGUCUUUCACGUACGUUUUCUUCGGAACAAUAAAAGAGGUGUCGAUUGGACCGACUAGCUUGAUGUCUCUGUUGACGUUUUCAUUUGUUUUUCCUCACCCCGUAGAGUACGUGAUUUUACUGACGUUCAUUGCUGGCUGUGUGGAAUUUACCAUGGGCGUCCUGAAAUUAGGAUUUUUGGUGGAUUUCAUUUCGCCUUGCUUAACUUCGGGUUUUACGUCGGCCAGCGCUAUAAUAAUUAUAGUGGCCCAACUGAAGCAUCUGCUAGGCAUAAAGCUGCAUAGCCACGACACGUUCGAAGUCAUCGUGGAACUGAGCAACCACAUCGGAGAAAUUAAGUGGCAGGACACUUUGCUGGGAGUCACGUGCAUACUUUCUUUGUUUUGCUUUAAGCAACUAACCAAGAUCCCAACUAGGAGCCCCUCGGUGAAGAAGCUCCUCUGGUUCCUUUCGAUAUCGAAGAAUGCGCUGAUCGUUCUAAUGACAAGCCUCUUCGGUGCCUAUCUCUAUUAUAACGGCGGGGCACCUUUUAAACUGACUGGCCCGGUGCCCAAAGGAAUGCCUGAAGUCGGUUUCCCAGCCCUGUCGGCCAAAGUUGGCAACGAGACCGUGGGUUAUAGGGAAAUGGUAAAAUCGUUAGGCUCUGGGACCAUCGUCAUACCAGUCGUGGCGGUGUUGGCUAACGUGGCCAUAGCCAAAUCGUACAGUGCUGACGUGGUGGUGGAUGCCUCGCAGGAAAUGAUGACCUUGGGGCUUUGCAACAUUUUCGGCUCUUUCGUAAAGGCGAUGCCGAGUUGUGGUGCUUUUACAAGAUCGGCAGUGGCCAGCAGUAGCGACGUACGCACCCCUCUUCAAGGAAUAUACUCUGGAAGUGUAAUAAUUCUGGCGCUGACCGUUCUAGCGCCAUAUUUCUUCUUCAUUCCCAAGGCCACUUUGGCAGCCGUGCUCAUAACCGCAGGCAGUUCCCUGAUUGACUACGAAAUAUUUCCUGUGUUAUGGAAAUGCAACAAAGUCGACUUCAUCUUGACGCUGAUGACGUUCGUCAUUGGGGUGGUAAAGGGUGUAGAGGCGGCUAUUGUCAUUGGCAGUAUAUUCAACGCGAUGAUUUUGCUAAAGGCUUGGUCGAGGCCGAAUAUUUUAGUUGAAAUUCGUACGACUAAGGAGAAUAACAGGGAAUUCGUCUACGUAAAGCCUGAACUAGGACUGUACUAUCCCGCUGCUGACUAUGUGUCCGAGACAGUCAAAAAGGCACACAACCGAUCGCCAAAACUGCCCAUCGUGGUGGAUUGCGUCAACAUAAUAAAAGUUGAUUAUUCCGCAGCUAAGAUGUUAGAGAACCUGCUCAACAGCUACAACGAAAGGGAAAUCACGUUGUGUCUGAUCAACGUUACCUCCGACAUUUUGCAGACUCUGAAAACUGUGACUGAUACUAGUUACCUGCAGUUGUGUAAAAGUACUUCAAGUAUCCCCGAAAAAACUUUGAAUUUCUACAAUACUGAGCACGAAGUGCCCUUAUUGAAAGGGAGCAGAAAAUCCUCCGUGAUAAGUGAGAGAAGGGUGUCGAUAUAUGAUUUAGAGUAGGCGCUAGCGUUGUAUAUGUGAUUUUAAGUUUAAUAAUUUACAAUAAAUUAUUUUA